GGCUAAAUCACAGACAUAGCCAUGGCAGCUUCACUAACACUUUUCCUUCUUCCCCUUUUUCUCUCUCCUUUCACAUCCAAAUCCCUCGCCGCCGCCGCCACCACCGCCGGCAAAUGUGACGGCGUCUUCUCCGACCACCACUCAUCCCUCCAAAUCCUCCACAUCAACAGCCCCUGCUCCCCUUUCCGUUCUACACAACCACUCUCAUGGGAACAAACCGUACAUGAAUCCCAAUCCAAAGACCAUGCAAGAUUUCAGUACCUAUCCAGCCUCGUCGCCGGCAGAUCCGUUGCUCCCAUUUCUUCCGGUCAGAUCCUACAGACCUCAAAUUACCUUGUUAGAGUCAAAGUCGGAACUCCGCCGCAGGUUUUCUUGAUGGCCGUUGAUACCAGCAACGACGCUGCUUGGGUUCCAUGCGGCGGUUGCACCGGUUGUCCCUCAGCCGUCUUCUCGUCGGAAAAAUCCACCUCUUUCUCCCCUGUCGCCUGUAAUGCUGUUCAAUGCAAUCAGGUGCCGAACACUGUCUGUAACAGCGGUUCAUGCAACUUCAACACGACAUACGGCGGUUCAACAAUAGCAGCAAAUCUCUCAAAAGACACUUUCCGUCUCGCCGCCGAUGACAUUCCCGGCUAUACAUUCAGCUGCAUCGAGAAAGUGACCGGCGCCUCAUUCCCACCUCAGGGUCUAUUAGGGCUUGGCCGUGGCCCUCUCUCUCUUCUUUCUCAAACCCAAAGCCUUUAUCAAUCCACAUUCUCAUAUUGCUUACCCAGCUAUAAAGCUUUAAACUUUUCCGGUUCACUCAGACUCGGACCGAUUGCCCAACCAAAGAGAAUCAAAUACACUCCCCUCUUAAGAAACCCUAGAAGAUCAUCUUUAUACUAUGUCAAUUUGUUAUCAAUUAAGGUCGGCAAGAGAAUAGUCGAUAUCCCUCCAUCCGCAUUCGCCUUAAACGCCACCACCGGCGCCGGUACAAUCAUAGAUUCCGGUACUGUGUAUACUAGACUGGUAAAGACGGCGUACGAGGCUGUUAAGAAGGAGUUCCGGCGAAGAAUGGGGACGGCGACAGUUUCGAGUCUGGGUGGAUUUGAUACUUGUUAUACUGUUCCGAUUACGAUACCUUCGAUAACUUUGAUGUUCGCCGGAGCUAAUGUGACUUUGCCUCAAGAUAAUUUCCUUAUUCAUAGCAGCUCGAGCAGCACAAGUUGUCUUGCUAUGGCGGCGUCGCCGGAUAAUGUGAAUUCAGUACUUAAUGUGAUUGCUAGCUUUCAACAGCAGAAUCAUCGUUAUCUGUUUGAUGUUUCAAACAAUCGUCUUGGAAUUUCCCGUGAGAAUUGCUCCUAGAGAAGAACAAAUAAUAAUCUAUAUAAUUAUUAACAAAAAAAAAAGUUCUGCAAUGAUUUGUUUUGAGAAUUUCUGUGUUGGGUUUUCUAGUUUUUUUUUUUAUUUGUAUUGUAGUGCUACUGCAAGGAGAAAUUAAUGAAUGAAUAUUGUUGCAA